CGUUCACACGUCAAGAGAAAGAGAGAGGAGGGCACUACAUAAAUGUCAUUAAGUUUCGUCACAUUUCCCGCAAAGGCCGUUUUACAGAUUUAAUUGCGGGAGACUGAGCUCUGACCUGAACACUUUGCAUUUGACCACCAACAAGUUUACAAAAUGGGAACUUUCACAAAAGUCGUAUUGGCUAGUAUAUGUGUUGCUUACCUGGCUGUCAAGUGGACUGCACCCAGUUUUAAUGCAGAAUCUCUCAGAGGUGCCAGGGUAUUGGUGACUGGGGCCAGUACAGGUAUUGGUGAACAAAUGGCAUAUCAUUAUGCCCGCUUUGGGGCCCAGAUAGUAAUUACAGCAAGGAGGGAGAAUGUGUUGCAGCAGGUAGCAGAGAAGUGUAUGAAUCUGGGGGCCCAGAAAGCUCUCUACAUAGCAGCAGACAUGGGCAGUGAUUCAGAGCCGGGCAAGGUGAUAGAUUUUGCUCUGGAAAAGCUUGGAGGGUUGGAUUACCUGGUUCUCAACCACAUUGGCCCAAGCCCCUUCACCAUGUGGGAUGGAGAUGUGGAGCACACCAGGUGGCUGAUGAAGGUUAAUUUCUUUAGCUACGUUCAGAUGGCUUGGAAAGCUCUGCCCUCUCUUGAGCAAAACAAAGGAUCGCUGGUGGUUGUUUCAUCACUUUUAGGUAAAAUGCCCAGCCCAUUUGUGGCACCGUAUACGUCAACAAAAUUCGCCUUGAAUGGAUUCUUCGGGGCCCUUCGGCAUGAGCUGGCUAUGAAGUCGAGCAACGUGUCCAUCUCUAUAUGUACUCUUGGACUCAUUGAUACUGAGUCAGCUAUGGAGAAAGUCAGGGGUGUCACUAAGGUACCAGCCUACCCUGCUACAGACGCAGCCCUGAACAUCAUCAUUACAGGAGCUACAAGGCAGUCGGAGCUCUUUUACCCUUGGUUCACCUACAUUGUGGCUCUUAGCAAAGACUGGUUCCCUCCCGUCACAGACUAUAUCAUCCAGAACUCCUACAACUACAGCCCAUGAAAAACAUUCAUCUGUAGUACCAUUAUGCAUGCUCUAGACAAAUCAUAAUACAUGAGUUAUUAUGAUUUGGUUUAGAGUUUAGAGUUUUGAUGUCAUAUUUAUCAUGUGUUGAUACACACUGGGCAUGAUGAUGCUGUGGUUUGCCCUGUCUGUAAUUAACAUACAACAUAUUUCACUAACCAAGUUUAACCUUAAUAUUCUGACGCAACCAGAUGUUUUGUGCAAGUGUUUAACUCUCCAGUUGGUAAAUUACUUUCCCUUGCAGCCAAAUGGAUCAGGUUACUAUAUUUUACAAACUGAAGCUCGCUCUCCUUUCUACAUGUUUCUUUUGGGAGAGGCAGGUUAUAAAAAAGUCUGAAAGGCAGAAAAACUUAUGGCUUGGGUUUGUUUCUUGUUGGCCUACCUCAAAGAGAUUAAAAGCUCUUUGUUCCUAUCUGCACAGUACAACCAUCUGCACAGUCCACACUAUAGGAAGGGAAGAAAAAGGGUGCAAAUGACAUGCAGCAAAGGUUACCCAACUGGAACCGAGCCUGGGAUGUUGUGAUCACACUAACGUUGUCACAAUUUUAAACUUUCAUACAAUACUAGUGGAAACAAAAUUAAACUCAAUAUCUCUUUCGGUAUUACAACAAAAAGAAAAUUAAAGUCCUAGGUACACAAAAUCUGUGCUUUUACUGUCCACAAACCAACAAAUCAAUAUCAAUAUUAAUAUCUGUACAAUAUAGGAUUGAAAAUCUGAUUGUAUUUUUUAUUUUAUUUUUUUUUAAAUAACUUGGGAACUUGUCAUGAACUUGUGGUAUAGAAAAGAAUUCAAGUACUGUACUUUUGAGAACCUUGUAUCAGAGUAUAAAGUCUGAAACACUAAAAC